AUGCCUCCAGAUUUUGGCUGCCGAAGUCUUAGGUUUAAGAGAUCAGAAGGAGAACGUGCUCCUCAACGUUAUGUAUUUAAAGAAAUUUACUUGCCAAUGGGAAAGGAGCUCAUGACUCAUGACUGUAGAUAUGAGUGCCUCAUAGAGAGCAAUUGUUUGUCUGUGAACAUCGGCCCACCAAACGAGACAGGCUUCAGGCUCUGCCAACUGAGUAGCUUCGACCACACCCAACAUCGUGAAGAUAAAGAAAUACGAAAAGGUUUUAUUCUCUGGGCCUCUGAGGUAGGAUUUUACUUUACAUUACAAUACAAUCGUCUGAAAUCAGCUUGAAUGUUUUUGGUCAAUUAUAAUUACUAACAGGCGUGUUCCUAUUCCAUCAGAAUUCGUGCACCAGUAAUCCCUGCCUCCAUGAUUCCACCUGUCUCAAUGGAUAUACCGACAAGAGAUACAUUUGUCUGUGUCCAGAUAAUUACACGGGAGAAAACUGUGAAAGAGGUCUCACUAAUAUUCUUUUUUAAUGUUCUGAAGGUUCUUCAUCCAGCUUGCGGAUAAGCUCAUAUCAGUCCUCAUUGUUUUCUUUGUUUAGAUAGAAACGAGUGUAUUGACAACUCUCAUGACUGUCAUGCCAAAGCUGUUUGUAAUAAUACCGAGGGAUCAUUUACGUGUAGCUGUACAGAAGGUUUUCAGGGGAACGGUCGGAAUUGCACAGGUGAGAUUCAUAGAUAUUCAUAGAGACAUAUUAAUAAUAAUGAAAUAUUUUCAUAGCAUCAUAUCCAAUGGCUUAUGGCGCUUUACAAAGCCUUGUUUGGCACUUUGGCCAGACUGCAUUGAACAGUUUACAAUUUUUAAAGGGAACUUUUGCGAAUACCCCCAUUUUAAGAGUUCAGGCUGUCGCGUACCCAAUGCAGCGGACACGGGGUGUUAUGCACUGGAGUUCGGGGAGUAUCACAGUGUAGGAAUCGACAACACAAGUUGAUUCAACAACGUUUAAUGCUGUCGUCUGACUAUGGUACACAUGCGGUGAAAACUAAAAAAGGGAAAUUGUAAUGUACAAGAUCAAAAAAUGGGAUGAGACUGAUAACAAAACAAAUGAAGUCGAAGAGAAAGGAAACUAAAUACAAUAAGCUGAGACUUACCUCUGAUCCUGUCUUUACGUGCUUAGAGAAACUGCAACGUUACCUAACCGGAAGAAUCUUGGGUAAAAAGAAACUCUGAUCUAUCUCCGUCGAUCUCUUAACUCCAACUGACUGGAUACUUAAGGGGCGUACCGCUAUAAGGGUAUACUUCACGUAUACAAUCGCAAAUCGGGUUUAUUAGGAAUGCUAGCCAGGUAGUUCAAACUGUAAACAAUAGUACACUUGGAAAGUUGGGGCGUAAACUCGACAAAUUUUUGCAGAUACCCUCAUUUUAAGAAUUAGGGCCAUACCACAACACUAGCAGCUAUGUUCCCUAAUCUCUGCAAUAAGAGUAUGAAUUAUUUAACGAUGCAGUAGAAGGGGCGGACGGUUUUUUCUUCCUCAUCCGAGAAGACUAAAAUGUCUAGCCAUUUGCGCUGAGAGUGAUUUAUCUGAAGACGAAAACAAAUUACGACUAAUAUCUAUCACAGUCAAGUUUGCUAAAAAAAAUUGAUUGAUUUUCAAACUUUUUAGAUGUGGACGAGUGUACCAGCCACAUCCAUGGCUGUCACUAUAAUGCAAGUUGCAAUAACACAGACGGCUCUUACACAUGCAAAUGCAAAACGGGAUUCAAUUGCAGUAAGUAUAAGAAAUGUUGUUUGAUUUUUUUUAAUAGUUUUUUUCAGAAGUUUAACUGAUAACGAUUUGCGUGAUCCACUUGAAACGGCGCCGGACAUAAACUCUGAUAAAAUGUGCGUUUAAAACGAAUACUUACCUCAAUCAUUGCAGCUCAGACAGAUACUUUAUCAUUCGAUGUAAAUCGUGACAACGGGAAAUACUAAUCCUAUGCAAGCACACCUUCCCUCUACCAAAUGAACACUGAAACAACCUGAAAUCUACGAAAUCGAGGUCGUACGAAUUACAUUUAAUGGGCUUAGGAUUCUAUCAGGGCAAUGACCAGGAACUAAAUAAGACGAGUUUUCCAUAGAUUUGGCUGAAGUGGUUCAUUUCUUGAUAUGUUUAUACAGGAAUCCGCCCGAAAACCCCUUAAAGGGGAAGACUCCUCCUGUGAUAAGUAACCCGUACCCUAAAUCUUCCUCCAAACAGUCAAAAUAAUUUCAAAUUUCUCAGAGUAGGAAAACUUAAGAUCUGAACUGCCCUUUAUGAGCUUAAUGUAACAUAUUUGUUCUCUCAGCUGUUUGAACUGAUCAUAAUACCAGCUGCCAGACUAAACAUAAACAUUCGUGAUAAAGAUGACAAUACAACUUAAUAAAAAAAUGGAUGUCAAUUUUACAUUUUCCUCUCAGCAUUCAAAGCCGUGUUCUCAAAUCUCAAUGCCACUGGAAGAUGUGGUCCAACAUCGCUCGGAAGUUACUACGCAGGUCAGGAUCAUGACGGACAAGUUGCUCUGUCCAGCGGUAUUCAACAGUGGACUGUGCCGUACACUGGUGAUUACAGAAUAGAAGCAAUAGGGGCAGCUGGAGGGUACGAUCAACGGAUUAACAGCUCUCAGUACCGCGGAAGAGGAGCAAGAAUGAUUGGAACAUUCCGCUUAAACAAGGGUGAAGUCAUCCAGGUACUUGUAGGUCAAGAAGGAGGAAUAAACAAGAGGUCUUAUUCUUCUGGAGGCGGUGGAGGUACAUUUGUAGUGAGAGGAGCCAACACACCUUUGAUAAUAGCUGGAGGCGGAGGAGGGGUAGGUUAUGUAUUAUCAAGACAUACAGAAUGUGACGCCAGCUCAAACACGACAGGGAAUCCUGGGUACACAUUAUGGCCAGGGGGGAGCAAUGGACAUGGUGCGCAGACUGCUGAUUAUAGACAAUCAGGUAAGAAUAAUUUUCAAUAAUCUUUAGCAUUUUAGCAUUUUGGUGGUAAUUUUAAAAUUUCGUAUGAAAUGUUUAUUCUGCCAUAAUCUCACGAUAUGCCCAUCAAAAGUUUUCUAAUUUAAUUAAUAUCAUGAUAUUUCAGGUGGUGGUGGUGGCGGGUUUUACUCCAGUGGAGGAAGUGGAAGAGGAAAGGGUGGUAAGGGAUUUCUGCAGGGAGGGGUAGGUGGGAGAUCAUGGUAUGUCGACGUCACUUAUGGUGGGUUUGGCGGAGGAGGAGGAGGUGGAGCUGGGGAAUGGUGGUAUGGAAGAAGAGAAGGAGGAGGAGGAGGAGGAGGAGGAGGAUACUCUGGGGGGGGCAGUUUUGUAGAUUACUGUGGGGGUGGUGGUGGAUCCUACAAUGUUGGAAACAAUCAGCAGAAUGAAUGUUGUUACAACAACGCUGGCCAUGGUCAGGUGACCAUCACACUACUGUAG